UCUCGUAAAGUUACGUAAAAGAUAUUGUUUAAAGAUAUUAUGAGAUGAUACUGUUUAAUAUUCACCGCAAAGUGAGAACAGAUUUGUUUUUCAACGCCUAAAAUUCUUCUGUGUGAAGACCUAACUUUUAAAAAUGGCUGUUCUUGUAUUAGAUGAAGAUCAUCUAGGUAUUAGUGCAAUUAUAACUGUUGGAAUGCAACUUAUUUUCUUCAUCAUAGCUGCAUCUUUCCAGUUUGAUAAAGUAACUGAUUUUGCUGGUGGAGUGAAUUUCAUAAUAAUUGCAAUUUUGACUUUUGUUCUGUCUCAGACAUAUGAAUUGAGGCAAAUUCUCAUCACUACUUUUGUUUGUCUUUGGGGAGUCAGGCUGUCAGGUUUUCUUUUGUAUCGAAUAAUUAAGAUUGGAAGAGACAAACGCUUUGAUGAUAGAAGAAGCAAUGUGAUUCGUUUUGCUGUGUUUUGGACCUUUCAGGCUAUUUGGGUCUUCACAGUCAGCCUUCCAGUUAUUUUCAUCAAUUCACCAAGAAAAAUUGUAAUGCCAUACAAUCCUCCUCCGAUGACAACUUUAGACUAUGUUGGUACAACUAUGUUUGUCGUUGGCUUUUUAUGUGAAUCAAUUUCUGACGUACAGAAGUUUAAAUUUAAAGAAAAUCCGACAACUAAAGGACGUUGGUGUGAUGCUGGCCUGUGGAAAUAUUCCAGGCAUCCUAAUUAUUUUGGAGAAAUACUUCUGUGGUGGGGAAUAUUUGUUAUUUCAUUGAAUGCAAUCCGAGGAGCCGAAUGGGUUGCUAUACUCAGUCCUAUUUUUACCACAUUGAUCAUUCUCUUCCUUAGCGGAAUUCCUUUGUUGGAAAGAAGUUCAGAUGAAAGAUACAGAAACAUUGAAGAAUAUCGCACUUACAAAACCACAACUAGUCCACUCAUACCCUUACCGCCCACUGUUUAUGCAGACAUUCCAACAUUUUUUAAGGUGAUAAUAUUUUGUGAAUUUCCUCUUUACAAUUAUUUGGAUGCUAACAAAGGUGCAUCAGAUAAAUCUGAAUCGGGACCCACUCAGACAUAAGUUGUGUUGUGAUGUAAUAUAUUAGCAAUUUUGAUGCAAAGGAUAAAUCAGAAGAAAUGACUGCUCACAUAUAUUUUUUCAAAAGUUUAUUUUGCAAUGUUGAAUCUUGAUUUCAACAAUCACUCUUCAUGUUUCCUUACUGCAUUGAUUUUGUUUAUGAGAAUAUUUCUUUAUUGUGAUGUAUGCUAUAAAUGUUUAUCAGUUUAAAAUCAGACGAACAGUUGAAUAAAUCUUCAACAAUUUUAAUGUAAAUCAUUCGACAAUAUUAAGUAUUAAUUAUUUAUUAUAAAAGAUGUGCUUGGAGGGUCUGUUGAAAUAUUGAACUAUAAUUCUUCAAGAUAUUUUCAUGUCAUAUGCAAUGUACUUACUGAAAGCAAUGUUUAUAUCACCAAAAUAAUUUUUAUCAAACUAUUUCUCAAUUAAUAUUUACUUAUAAAUUAUUGUGCCAAAAAUAUUUUCUGAUUUUAAAAAUAAUAAAUAAUUACGCACAAUUGGCCGUAUUAACUUAGUAUUCUUUGUGUAGUUAAAAUAUUUUGCUUUGUUUGGAGCUUUAUUUUAUGAAAAGCUGUGAGUUGUAAAACCUAUGAAUUUGUAAUCGAAUCAAUGUCAAUUAAUAAUUGAUUCUGUAUUAUUUUAUUCUUUUAUACUGUUAUUUUUUUGUGUGAGUUUAAAAUGUUAACAUUGGUUACUUUUCUUUCUUCAAUUUUUAAAUCUCCCAAAAUUUUAAGUUCAGUGCUUGAAAUGGACCUUUUGGCAUUAAAAUAUCUAUUAUUUAAUCACUUCUUAAAUUAAGGAAAUAGUUACAAGUUAGGUGAUUUUGAUGCAUCAAUUGAGUCCACUCACUCAAGAAUCAAGAAAAGUUUUCCAGUUAUGGAUUCCAUAGCUAUGCUAUGAGAUAUCUUCUUUAAGAACUUUAAAUCAAAAUAGCAUGAGUAUAUUUAAAAUAAAAAUUUUAACACUGCUAUUUCAAAGAUUCUAUAAAGUUGAGUAAACUCUUUUAGUUAGUGAAGAGCUAAACAUUGAAAACUAUAUUUUAAGCCUUCUCUUGCUAAAUACUUUCUUUAACUUAUCAACUAGCAUGAAAUGCUUAAUGGAAUUCUUAUUCAAUCAGUAUUAGUUUUGUGCAAGUUAAGUUUCAUUGGCGAGGCCCCGAAAUGUAAUUUUUGGGAGGCCAAAAAUUCUCAAUUUGCCAAAUGGAACUCCAAAUUUCACCAAAUGAUGAUAAUUUUACCAAAUAGAACUCGAAAUUUCACCCAAUGAUGAUAAUUUUGCCAAAUGAUGAUAAUUUUGCCUUAUCAGACAAAAUUUGCCAAAUAAGGAAAUUUUUGGGAGGUCACAGUGACCUAUUAGGACACCUUUGUUCACUAGUUAUUUUUUUCCUUUACAGUUUAAACCAAAAAUAAACCUCUCAUCUGAAAUUUUGAAAGUAAUUUCAUUAUUUCAUGGUAAAGUGUUGAUCGCUGAAUGAAAUCUAUGGUUGAUCUUGUAGCACUGAUAAGACUCACGCAUAAUGAAAUGAUGUAUGAGAAUUCAGCAUCAGCACUUACUCUGUGUAAAACCAUGCACCAUGCUGAGGUUACUUGCCCACUUCGGAACCUAUUGAAUGUUUCACCAUUCAUAAGAUGCAUUUAGGAAAAGCUCUACUAAGUAUGUCACACCUACUUACGUUUUAGAAUUUAAAACUCAACUAAAUGUCAGUUUUAUAGAAGACGUGCAACAAUGAAUUUCGAAAGCUACGUGCACAGUAGCAAUGUCUAGAAAUGCAGGACUGUUAGACACAUUAUAACUAUAUAUAGUGCACUUGUUUCCUACUUUUAAGAACAGAUCCAUUAAAGAUUUCUGAAGCAGUUAUUACUUUCAUGAAAGUGCUAAAAUUAAGAAAAAAUAAAUAUAUAUAUUAUAGUCUGCAUUAUAGAAUUUUUAGAGCUUUAGAUGAGCUCAUAGGUUAAAGCACUUCAGAAGUGAUUUGUAUCUAAUUGGAAAAUAACUGGAUGAUCUUUGAAAAAUGGCUUUCCA